CUGCUAACGAUGAUCCGGCCUCAGGCUGCUCCUGUGGUCGUGUUGCGGCAGAACACCAAGCGCGAGCAGGGACGGAAGGCCCAGCUGGCCAACAUACAGGCAAGCGUCGCCCAGAUGCACGCCGUCGGAUAGAUCUGCACACCGACAUGCGCCUUGCUGUGUGUACGUCAGGCUGGCAUGACGAUAGCUGACAUUGUGCGCACGACGCUCGGCCCGAAGUCGAUGCUCAAGAUGCUUCUGGACCCCAUAGGCGGCAUCGUCAUGACCAACGACGGCAACGCCAUACUCAGGGAGGUACGGGUAGCACCCACGCAAGCAAAGACACGUAGGUGCAACACUUGCCAUCGACUCUGUCUGGUGCUGUGUGCUGUGCAGGUUGAUGUGGCUCACCCCGCCGCCAAGUCGAUGAUAGAGCUGAGCCGCUCGCAGGACGAGGAAGUGGGAGACGGAACGACCUCAGUGGUCGUCCUCGCCGGUACGCGAACACAAAUGCACACACCCACUCGUCCCGUCCACUCAUCCGCACACCGGUGACGCCCAUACGGUGGUGUUUGUGCUGAAGCGCAUCCGGCGUUUCAGGCGAGAUGUUGGCUGUGGCCGAGCCCUUCCUCGAGCGCAACAUGCACCCCACAAUCAUCGUGGCGGGAUACAUCCAGGUCAGCAGAGGGACGACGGGAUUGUGAGACUCGCUUGACACAUGGUGGCCUUCUCGCCUUGCUGUGUGUCAGGCUUUGGAUGACACGUUGAAACUUCUCGGCGAGAUCGCCACGCCCAUCGAUGCUUCCGACGACAAGCGGCUCACCGAGAUCGUCCACACAUGUACGGACACAACCGUGUCCACGCAUGUACCUGACACACAUGGAUCUGGGUCUGUCUGCGGGUGGGUGUGUGUCAGGCAUCGACACCAAGUUUCCCGCUCGUUGGGGCAACAUGAUCAUUGGCUGUUCAAGGCUGCCAAGUGCGUGACAAUCGAGCUUCCUCAUGGCGGCAAGAGGGAAAUCGACAUCAAGAUGAAGCAGCCAGCCAGCAGCUGUUCCGUGGUGGAGGAGCUGCGGCCUUCCAGGUGGACAGAUACCUGCAGCGUGCAUCGAGUGCCUGCACCUACCGGCCUGGCCGAACGGCAGCUCCGCAUGCAUCAAGCGUGCAUCAGGCGUAGCAGCACAGCGAGGUCUGGUGCAGAGAUGGAUGCUCACCAUUAUGGCAAGGCAGUCAG